AUGGCCCUCAAUGCCGCCUCACAUAACACAACUGGCGAGCCGACUGGCUCACCGUCGGGCCCUCCACCCCCGGUAUCCUCAGAUAUCACGUCCGCCGCAAAAGGUUCUGCGGCCAAAGACGCCAUGGGCCAAAACGUGCCUGGAACGGAUCUCCAGAACAAUGACAAGGGCCAGACAGUAAUGGGCGAAGCAGGCAAGGAGAAGACUGCUAAAGAAAGUACGCACGAUGACACUGAAGGACCGCAUUGA